AUGGAUAUUGCUGGUGUCUACGUUCAGGAAGCUGCAAGGUUGUAUUUCUUGAUGCAGACCAGUUAUCUGCAAGCCACGUUCUACGACUCCAGGGGUUCGGCGACUGAGCUCAACAAAACAUUUGUUGGUAUGCUUGACACUCAGACGAGCAGGGCUGCGUAUUGGCGCUGCAUUUCUAGGCAAAUGUCAAGUAUGCGGCAUUCCACUGCACGAGCCCUAGUAUCUGCAUUUCUGCAAGGCGAAAUACUGGAACGGCCAGUAUCAAAGCGAACCGCCAAUAAAGAAACUGAUACUCCCAUGAUGCGAGAGAAAGACACCCUCCAGUGCGCACUAGGACGAGAUGCCUCGUCUAUCCCCCACCUCCUAACCGACUCCGAAGCAAUCCCACGUUUAGCAAGAUAUGUUAACUCCACGCAUCGCCUAAAGACCACAUUCGGUGAGGUCCCGCUAUCCAAGAAACGAAAGAACUGA